AUGCCCAAGAACAAGGGAAAGGGCGGCAAGAACCGCAGAAGAGGAACCAAGGAGAACGAUGACCAGCGCCGAGAGCUGACCUUCAAGGAGGACGGCCAGGAGUAUGCCCAGGUCGUCAAGAUGCUGGGUAACGGCCGACUCGAGGCUAUGUGCUUCGACGGCAGCAAGCGUCUCGCCAACAUCCGUGGUAAGAUGCGCAAGAAGGUCUGGAUCAACCAGGGCGACAUCAUCCUCCUCUCCCUCCGAGACUUCCAGGACGGCAAGGGCGACGUCAUCCUCAAGUACACCAGCGACGAGGCCCGUAAUCUCAAGAACCUCGGCGAGCUGCCCGAGAACGCAAAGAUCAACGAGACCGACACCUACGGCCAGGACGGCGACGACAACGCCGGCUUCGAGUUCGGCGCUGACGAGUCCGAGUCUGAGGACGACGCCGAGGACAAGAAGGAGCUCGACAUUGACGACAUUUGA